AUGGCACCAUAUGAAGCCUUGUAUGGCAGAAAGUGUAGAUCGCCAAUUUGUUGGACAGAAAUUGGGGAUAGGGCCCUGCUUGGACCCGAAAUUGUGCAAGACACUUCUGAGAAGAUUAAAAUCAUCCAACAAAGGCUCAAGAUGGCACAGAGCCGGCAGAAGAAUUAUGCAAAUGUACGAAGAAGGCCUCUUGAGUAUGAGGUUGGCAACCAUGUAUUUAUUCGUGCAAAUCCGAUGAAAGGCCAGCUAAGGUUUGGUAAGAAAGGUAAAUUGUCACCUUGUUACAUUGGACCGUUUCAAAUUCUAGAAAGACUUGGUUCGGUUACUUGUAGAGUUGCCUUGCCACUAGGAUUCGAACAAAUGCACAAUGUGUUCUAUGUAUCAAUGUUGGGGGGUUAUCUUCAAGAUCUGUUUCAUGUGAUUGAUUACCAUCGGAUAGCUCUAGAUGAAAAUAUGGAAUAUGAAGAAUGGCUAGAACGAAUCAUUGACCGGUAA